CUAAUGGUGUAAAGCGCAAAGCCGCAAAAGCCCUACCCGUUGCUACUUACUGUUACUUCAUCUUCUUCAGUACGAUGUAGUUUUGCAGCAAAACACAUCCUACACUUCGUUUAUUUAUUUAUUUUAACAAAAUAACAAUAAAAGUUCGACAAAAAAUGUUGGCUUGUGGCGGCUCUCGCAUCUCUCAUCAAAAUUUGGGUUCACGAUUUUGCUCCACCGGAAUCUUUCACCUUUCUUCUCUCUCGGUUAAUCUUCCCUCCUCCGCCGCCGCCACCGUCGCCGCGAUUGUAGAUAAUAAUUCUCAUAAUCCUCGAUUUCAUCCUCGAUUUGUUUCUUCCUCUAGUCUUCAAUCCAAAUCCCCCGGCGACAUUCCUUUUCCCCCCGACUCCUUCAGCCAACGAGAAGACGAUCAUGAGAAGCCCUCUGAAGCACUAUCCUCAGUGGCAGGAGGGAUAGUGGCAUUGGGAAAAUUUGAUGCUCUUCACAUUGGUCAUAGAGAACUUGCAAUUCAAGCAUCAAAGGUUGGAACCCCAUACCUUUUGUCAUUUGUAGGAAUGGCUGAAGUUCUUGGUUGGGACCCUAGGCCACCCGUAGUUGCACAAUGUGAUCGUGAGCGUGUUCUUUCCUCUUGGGCUCCAUAUUGUGGUAAUGUGGCUCCCAAGGAAUUCCAGGUACAGUUUAUGAGCGUUAGGCAUCUUAGUCCGAGGCAGUUUGUAGAGAAGUUAGCAAGGGAGCUCGGAGUUUGUGGAGUUGUGGCAGGUGAAAACUAUCGCUUUGGCUAUAAAGCUGCUGGUGAUGCCUCAGAAUUGGUGAGACUCUGUGAUGAGUUUGGUAUGGGUGCUUACAUAAUAAAUUCUGUCAUGGACAGGCACCAAGAUGCAAGAAAUAUGAACCGUUUAGAUUUAAAAGACAGGGGGCAAGUAUCAUCUACUCGUGUUCGGCAGGCUUUAGCUGAAGGUGACAUGAAAUAUGUGUCAGAGCUUCUAGGCCGCCCGCAUCGUUUAUUAUUGACGAUUAAAGACUGGGAAAGCUUAACUAGUACUGCUAGUACACGAAGGAUGUCAGCACCAAGAUCUUCUUUGCUAAAUCUACCACCAAAAGAUGGUUUUUACGAGAACUGUUCUCUUUUAUUUGGAGAACAAAAUGCAGUAACAUGUAGGGUGUCUAUUGACACGUCGCAUAUCCAUCUAGAGAUGGAUCGGGUAGAUUUUUGUGAUAAUGACUAUUCUCAAAAAUCACAGGUCUUGUGUAUUGAAUUUGGUGAAUUAAAGAGUUAAUUUCGUUUAGUUCAUUUCAGGAAAGUAUUUGAUGGGUGAGAACUCUCAGCCAGGUUUAAGAGCAGUUACCAUAUACAUAUAUACCCCAUAUGAGAGGAUCUGUAUUCCUUUAUCACUUAAAUCAUUGAAUAUAGGGUUCAUAUCCAAUUCGUUAAGGUGGAAAUGAAUUAUGUUUUCCUCUCGCAGGAACUGCUUUCAUUCAAUCAUAUUGAUUAGUUAGCUGACUCGAAAUUAUUUCUGAAUUUGUAUUGGCUUUGAAGGAUCUCAUCUAUCGGUACCUUCACAGUAUAGGUGAGUGCGUGUGAAUCUUUAAAUUUAUUGCUUGGUUUUUGUUUCUAAUGAAUCUUUCAGUAUGCUUUCAGUCAAUUGAUGGUUUGAAGGAACGAAAAGCAAGUUCAUGGAUGACGUAUAACUUUUACGGGUAAAGUUGGGAAACCAUAUAUAUCCUGUAGUUUAUUUCUGGUCUGUAGAACUAGCCUUGUUUUCAUUUGUUCUUGAGAACAUGAUUUAUUUAUAGGUUGGUAAUCGGCUUCGAAAGUUCUUAGGCUUCAUUGAUUCACUUUAAGUAUACAGUUUACUCGAGAAUGGAGUGUUUGAAAGUUAAUUUAGAA